AUGAUUAGGGCGAAGGAGAAGGAUCUUCAUGAGACGAAUACGAAGAAGAAGAAGAGGCCGAGAUAUGUGUCUUGGUGGGACGACUUUAAAGCCUUCGACGAACUAAGUUGCGUGGUGAAGGGGUUACCAAAGGCGAAGGAGAAUGAUGCUGCAACAAGUUGUGUGGAUCUUCACCAGAAAUAUACGAAGAAGAAGAAGGACGAUGAGAGACCAUUUUCAUCAAGUCAUCGUGAUAAUUUCAAGUGCGAGGACGACGAGAGAAGCACUGAGAGUAAUAACAAGAAAGAUCAAGAUCGAGUUGGAUCUGGACAUGUAUCACUUGAGGAUUUGGGUGUUUCGGUGGAAGAUCUCAAGAGUAUGUCAUGGGAAGCAUUUGUUCCGACAUGGGAGGUUAGGUCAAAGACCAUGCCAUCCAUAUCUUGGCCAAGCUUUUCUACUACUGCUACUGAUCUUGACGAGACCAAGACAAAUAAGAAGGAAGAUGGAUGA